AUGGCCCUGUUACCUGUCAAACUCAGCGGCAACUCUGACCCCUUUAACUGUCAGAUGGUCACAGUGACACCCAUUGUGAACCAAGCGGUCUCAUUCGUUCGGUUCCAUCUCAGUCGGUGCUGGUCACCAACGUACAUGGCUCAGUUCCAGGACAUGAGCCCUGGACACUGUCCCAUCCUGGGAACCACCAGUACGAUUGGUACGAUGGCAGCUAAAUGGGUCUGGUCCUUUUUCGUUGCGGACGUCGGGACAUUCUGGUCUGCUGUGGCAAGCAUCCUGCCGCUAAUGACUCGCUUCGUUCCGCUGGAGAGUGCACGUGAACUCGAUAGAGUGUCUCUGGAGCUCAAGGCAAAGAUUCUGGCAGAUCUGAGGAAAGCCCUGCAGGACAGGCUCUUGGGAUCUCGGCCCAGCAUGACGCUGAUCUACCAAGUCAAAGCCCUGUUUCGUGAAGCCACGACGAGCGGAGACACCCAGAGUGCCAGCAUCCACGCCAAAGUUCUGUUCUGGCUUGCUGACCAACUGCCCAUCCGAGAAUGCCAAGGUGGUGAAGAUGUCCUGGGUAUAGCUCUGUGGGGGGACAGCCUCUCAGCUCUAUUUCAACUACGCCGACCGGUCCUCAAGUACCGCAAUUGGAUGCCUCAAAUGGUCGCCACAACAUGGAAUGCCGCGGAAUCUCUGCUUCCUGCUCUUCAGAAAGGCCAUCUCCCUAUACCUGAAAGCGUGUGCAGUCCUCAGCUUCGAGAGGCGUUCAGCCAUAUUCGCCGAGUCCUGAACAUCGGCAAGAUUUCAAUACCUCUUGAUGGCCGUGAACACCUGAGACGUGCCCAGCUGAUCUUCCAUUGGGUUACCACCAAGUCCGAGUAUCACAUAAGUAGCCUGUUGGAUUUGUAUUUCGACCUCACCGAGACAGAGCAGUCCAAUGGAUUGAGCAAGGGUGGUAGGCACACGGAGGCUGCUCUAGCACUGGCUUUGUUAUACGUUUUUCAAAAGAGCUUUAGCGACACUUCGCAAUCUGAUGGCAUCGAUAUUCACGACAGUACAGCUGUGGUUUAUCCGGCCCUACUUACCAGACUUAAGACUGCCCUUUGGCUCUGCUCGCAGCACGAACGUGUUGUGUACAGAGACGUACAUUUCUGGACCCUCUUCAUAGGCUCGUUUUGCGAAGAGCGCUUGCAGGUCCUCGGCUCACGGGAUCACAAUAUGUAUGGUGAGUGGUUCCAUCAGCAACUCGCCGAGCAAGCUCUUGAGGAUGGACUCAGCAGAUGGGUUGACGCUAGAUCUGUACUGAGGAGAUACGUGGUUAAUGAUUUCCUCAUGCCUCCUGCCGAGUCGUGGUAUGAACAGACAGUGUCUCGGCAUAGGAGUAUGUGA